AGAAUAAAGGAAGGAUUAAUCACAAAUGCACUAUAGAAUAGCAGAGACGGAUUAUAAGAAAAUAACUUCUGCAUAGAUAAAUAAUUUGGUUGAGAUAUAAUAAAGAUAGAGUGUUAUGGAGAAACUUAGCAAGAAAUAGAAUAGGAGAUUAAAGUUGAUUUAUCAAGAAAUUAAAAAACUGUUAGAUAUACCAGAAUUUAAGGAAGAAAAUAAAGAUGAAGUAAGAAUUAGGAGUAAGAACAUGGCAAAAGGAAAAAAGAUGAAUUAAUUUGUUAAGAGAUAAGAAUUGGGAAAUAGAUUUAAGUGCUAAAUAAAGCACUGUCUUAUUAUUUGAUAGAUCUA